AUCCUAAGAAAAUACUUCAUCUUAUGGGAGUGGAAGGGCUCACAAAAGAACAUAUUUCGAGCCAUUUACAGAAAUAUCGUCUCUCUGUGAAGCGGGACAAGCUAGCAGUCCAGUCAGUGCUUGAAUUUGCCACCAAAAAGACCACCAUGGAUUACUUUGGAUCAAGAAAUUUUGUGCCGUAUCGAAAUCAGACAGUGUACAAUAUUUCACAUGGGAUUCAAGCCCCAAAGCUGCUACCCCCAACAAUGGCGUCUCAACCAGGAUUCACAGCCUAUAUUCAGAGUAAUUAUGCUACUCCCAGUAAUAUCAAACAUGGGCAAUAUUCCACUCUGCUGUUUAAUCAGCAAAAUUGUAGCUAUCCCAGUAUCAGUCUGCAUGGACUUAACCAGACUGCAAUGGCUCUCAAUGCUGGAAGAGCAAACAAUGGAUGGGGUUUGUUCACCAAUUCCAUCAUGCAGCCCCCACAACCAUGGCUGCUGCCACCACCUCCACCACAAGGGCAAGGAACAGACAAGACCUUUACCGGAGAAGCCGAAGCUGAUGCCUGGUUUUAUAUGAGAAAAGGCAGCAACCAACUGUUCCCCAUGUAGGGUUCUGAUCAUCCAUCCCAGUGGUAGUCUGGAACAAGGUGGUGAAGAUGCCUUGAACUUGGGGACAUACAGUAUCAAUACUCCAUGUGAGGUGGAUCCAAGCUACAACAAAGAUCGGCUCAACCUUGAUAUGUACCUUGGGCAACUGGGUUUUGGAAUAUCAUAGUCUUCCUUUAGCUGAUUUUGGAUUAGGGUUUUUAGUGUUUGAAUGAUUUGGAUAAUGCAUGUACUGGACGUGUUUUUGAUUUUGGAUGUGUUUUGAAUUUAAAGUUUUUGGUGUUUUGCGGUU